AUGGGAAAAAAGAAAACACGUUUAAAUGUGGAAGACAAACCUGCCACUGCCAGUGGUGAACAACAUUCGAUCCAAAGAAGAAUUAUCCAGCAUUGGAGAAACGCACUGGUUCCGUUUUCGAAAUCUGCCAUCGAAGAUGAACAUAGUAGUACCAAUACUGAUAAAACUCCUGAUCAACCAAAGUCAUUCCUUCAAGAAUGGUGGAGCACCAUAUUUGUAAUAUCAUGUGUGUUGGCUGUCUUACUGGAUCCUUUGUUCUUUUACAUCCCUAUCGUUAAGGAGGAUAGGAAGUGCCUCAAAUUGGACAAAAGGUUGAAGGCAAUAUCCUUUGCUUUACGAUUGUUAACAGAUCUCUUCUACAUUGCCGACUUGAUGCAUCGAAUUUUAGCUAGACCUAAAGCUAGGACAACAAAAGCAGAUGAGGCAGUUCCUUUUAAAAGAAGUACAUCCAUGAGUACGAAUGUUCUGGCAAAAGCUAAGAGGAUUUUGCAAUCUUACAUCCUACCUGACAUUUUAGCUGUUCUACCCGUCCCACAGGUAGUAGUUUCCAUCUUUUCAAAAAUGAGGGGCUCAAGAUCAUUGAAAACAAUGAAGUUUCUAAAUUUUCUUCUUGUGUUGCAAUAUGUGCCACGAGUUCUUCCUAUCUAUCGAUUGUGUCAUGCACGUAGGAAGACUCCUAAAAAGUCGGGCACAUGGAUCAAAAGUUUUUUCAAUUUCUUCUUGUACAUCCUUGCCAGUCAUGUAUUCGGAGCCCUUUGGUAUUUUUUCGCUAUUCAACGAGAGACAGUUUGUUGGCAAUAUGCAUGCCGAGGUGAAAAAGGAUGUGAGCCUAAAACUUUUAGCUGUGAUGACCCUUCUCCGACAAAUAUCAGAGUUUUAAAUGAUUUAUGCCCUAUAAAGCCAUCACAUGCAACUUUUUUCGAUUUUGGUAUAUUUAAAGAUGCCAUUCAGUCUGGCGUGUUACAGUCAACAGAUUUUCCAGAGAAGUUUUUGUAUUGCUUUUGGUGGGGUCUACUUAAUCUGAGGUUUGUACGUAUAAUUAUCGUUUAA